AUGAUUGAAAGGAGAAGAAAUAACAAAGAACAUAAUUGGAGGCCACAACAAGGUUUCCUCACUGUUAAAGAACUGAACAUAGCUGAAGAAACUAUCAUUAAGUCUGUGCAAGCAGACUGCUAUACAGACGAAAUCAAGACUUUAAAGAAGUUAGAUGGUAACGAAGACAUGUUCAGCGAGCGUCACUUGGCACGCGAAAGAAAUCUUAGCAUUAAACAACAAAGCUCGUUGUUUAGACUAGAUCCAUUCCUCGACGAACGUCAAGUGAUUCGAGUCGGUGGAAGACUACGACAAUCUGAUACAGAGUACAACGUGAAGCAUCCAGUCGUUCUACCUAAGAACAGCCACAUCACCCAAGUGAUCAUCAGACACGUGCAUGAAGAACAAGGUCACCAAGGUAACGGCAUAACUCUCAACGCUCUUAGAGAAAGUGGUUAUUGGAUCAUUGGCGGAAGAUCAACAGUGCGACAUUUUAUUGCUCAAUGUGUGAUAUGUCGAAAGUGUCGUGCAAGAAGACAGACCCAGAAGAUGAGUGACCUACCCAAAGAACGUGUAACUCCAGCAGCACCGUUUACAUACACAGGAAUGGACGUUUUCGGACCGUUUUAUGUGAAAGAAGGUCGUAAAGAAGUGAAAAGGUGGGGACUAAUAUUUACCUGUCUCUCAUCUCGUGCAAUUCACUUAGAGACUUUGAACAAAAUGGACACUGAUUCAUUCAUAAAUGGUUUGAGGAGAUUCACUUGUCGUAGAGGAAAGGUGCGUCAACUAUAUUCUGAUCAAGGAACUAACUUUAUCGGCGCCAAGAAUGAAUUUCAGUCUACAUUAGAUGAAAAUGCGGUCAAGAGUUUCUUAUUGAAGAAUGACUGUGAUCUUAUCAAGUUUAAAUUCAAUGUACCCAGUGCCUCACACAUGGGAGGCACCUGGGAGAGACAGAUACGCACGGUGCGUACUGUUCUCUCCAGUCUUCUGAAAACACAAGGAACUCAACUUGACGACGAAGGUCUGCGCACCCUGUUUGUUGAAACUGAGAACAUCGUAAAUAGUCGUCCUCUUACAGUACAGAACAUGAGUGAACCAGACAGCGAAGAAGUAAUCAGCCCGAAUCACUUACUCACGCUGAAAUCAAGAACAGUGCAGCCGCCACCAGGCGUAUUCUUACCACCUGAUGUGUAUUCACGAAAAAGAUGGAGAAGAGUACAAUGUUUAUCGGAACAGUUUUGGAGAACUUGGCAUAAAGAAUAUUGUCACCUUCUUACUAAAAGACAGAAGUGGAUCAAGCCUGAGAGGAACAGUAAAGUCGGAGACAUAGUUCUACUUUGUGACGAAGAUUUACCUAGAAUCAGUUGGCCACUCGCAAAGAUUGUUAAAGUUUAUCCAAGCACCGAUGGCUUAGUUCGCAAGGUUCAGAUAUUGCUAACACGCAACAAUCGAAGAUCAUAUUUGGACAGACCCAUUCACAAGCUGAUACUCAUUCAAGAAGCUUCACCGGGAUAG